GUAGGCGGUGGUGUUGGGUGGUGGGAGAGAGGUCACCCUCAUUUUUGCUUCCACAUUCCACCUCUCUCUCUCUCUCUCUCUCUUACCCCACACCCAUUAUAUCUAUAUCUUUAUAUAUAGAAUUUUCAAUCCUUUUUGUUCUUUAUUCCCCAUUUUGUCCCCCUUUAACCUCCUAAUCAAUUCUUUUUCAAAAUUCACCUAUAAACUUAACCAUUUCUCUCUCUCUCUCUCUCUCUAUGCAUAUUACCAAGCAAGCAUAAGACUUUGGUUCUCUCUCUUUUGCCGCGGAUUAUUAUUAAGAGUCAUUGUUAAUUCAAACUCGAUUCCCAGAUGUCUGAAUUGGCCAUGGAUGAAUUAAAUGGAGAAGAUAACCUAUCAAGAGAAGCCGGUGAACACUACAUGCCUUACAACAAAGAGAUUUUCACAGAGAGGUCUCCUAGAAGUCCAUUGAGCACUCACAGUCCUGAGAGUGAGUCCAUUGAUCUUGACAUAGAUGGAGGGGUUGAUAACUCUAUUGAUCAGCUAUAUUACAAUGUCUGUGAGAUGCAGAGCUCCGAUCCAUCCCCGUCAAGGCGUUCUUUUUUAUCUUACGGUGAGGAGUCAAGGAUUGAUUCUGAAUUACGAUUCUAUGCCGGUGGCAGUUUUGGGGAGAUGGAGACCACAAAAGAUGUUGCAACGGAGAAAAAAGAAGUGGGAAAUUUCUCUGAGACACCAAAUGGGUCAAAAAAUGGAAAAUUUGGAAAGACAAACAAGGCCCAUCUUGCAAGUGCUAGGACUUUUUCUUCUUCUGCACAUUCCAAGAACAAGAGUCUCUCUCAAUUGCCAGCAUUGGAGUCUGAAUCAACUGCAAAAUUAAGUUCAAGGAUCAAAUCUUUCAAUGAGAGACCUCCAACCGGUAAGCGAAAUGGGAAAGUUUCAAGAAAGCCGAAUCCAAUUUUCCCAACGAAAAAUGACAGAAAUUCACCUUUAGGAGGGGAAAAGUUGCAGGAUGGAAAUGAGGAACCUGCUGAGUCUGGUUUUCUUGGUUCGUAUUUACUUAAACAAACAAGGGACGUGAUUUCAUCAGGGGAAAAUCCUCGGAAAGCCCUUGAAUUGGCGCUUCGAGCGAUGAAAUCGUUUGAAAAAUGUGAUACUGAGAAACCAAAUUUGGAGCUAGUCAUGUGUUUGCACGUCAUAGCAGCAAUUUAUUGCAGCCUAGGCCGAUACAGUGAGGCAAUUCCUAUCCUCGAGCGAUCAAUAGAAAUUCCCGUGAUCGAUGAAGGCCCAAAGCAUGCGCUCGCUAAAUUUGCAGGAUGUAUGCAGUUGGGAGAUACAUUUGCGAUGCUCGGGCAGAUUGAAAAUACUAUACUAUGCUACACCGCGGGUUUGGAGAUCCAAAGACAGGUUCUUGGAGAAAAAGACCCACGAUUUGGUGAGACUUGUCGGUAUGUAGCUGAAGCCCAUGUCCAAGUAUUCCAAUUUGAUGAGGCUGAGAAGCUUUGCCAGUUGGCUCUUGACAUCCACAAAGAAAAUGCCUCCUCUGCUUCUCCCCAAGAAGCCGCGGAUAGGAGACUUAUGGGACUUAUUUGUGACUCAAAGGGAGAUUAUGAAACCGCUCUCGAGCACUAUGUUCUAGCAAGCAUGGCCAUGUCAUCGAAUGGGCAAGAAGUAGAUGUUGCUUCCAUUGAUUGCAGCAUUGGUGAUGCGUAUUUAUCUUUGGCGCGCUACGAUGAGGCUAUUUUCGCUUAUCAAAAAGCGCUCACCGUGUUUAAAUCAACCAAAGGAGAAAACCACCCAUCGGUUGCUUCAGUUUUUGUUCGUUUGGCAGAUUUAUACAACAAGAUUGGAAAAUUCAGGGAAUCCAAGUCAUACUGUGAAAAUUCACUACGGAUUUAUUCAAAGCCGAUUCCUGGAAGCCCCGCGGAGGAGAUUGCGAGUGGGCUCAUUGAUGUUUCUGCUAUCUAUCAAUCAAUGGAUGAACUUGAUCAGGCUUUGAAAUUGCUUCAAAAGGCUUUGAAAAUCUAUGAGGAUGGACCGGGGCAGCAAAGCACGAUUGCAGGAAUUGAAGCCCAGAUGGGGGUUUUGUACUAUAUGAUGGGGAAUUACACUGAUUCUUACAAUUCCUUCAAAAAUGCAGUUUCAAAGUUCCGGGAUAUAGGAGAGAAGAAGUCUGCUCUCUUUGGUGUUGCUCUGAACCAAAUGGGUCUCGCUUGUGUGCAACUUUAUGCUAUAAAUGAGGCUGCUGAUUUGUUUGAAGAAGCAAGGUGUAUUUUGGAGAGUGAAUAUGGGCCAUAUCACCCUGACACACUAGGGGUCUAUAGCAAUCUCGCGGGCACAUAUGAUGCAAUGGGCAGGCCAGGAGAUGCGAUUGAAAUCUUGGAAUAUGUUGUUGGGAUGAGAGAGGAAAAGCUGGGCACUGCAAAUCCUGAUGUGGAUGAUGAGAAGCGCAGGUUAGCCGAGUUGUUGAGAGAAGCAGGGAGGGUGAGAAACAGGGAAUCUAGGUCUCUUGAAAACCUCCUAGACACCAACUCACACACUUUUACAAAAGAUAUCUCUAGGUUAUUGUCAUUUUGAUGCUUUUGAAAGACUUGAAGUAUAUAUGUUUGCUUGAAUGUAAAAUUUGUGUUUAGAGAAAGAAACCGACUUCUCUCCCGUUGGAGACAGAAGUCCAGUUCAGUCCAGUUGAGUCCCUGUGUGCAGAUCAUCUAUGAAAGAAAUCAAAUUAUUUCAAUAAUUGUAGUGACAUGAUUUCAUCAGUUUUGAAAAUGGAUAUCCUUUUUUUUUUUAUUAAAAAAAAGACAAAUUCGAUGAAAUCGCAUGGAUAUAAUCAAUAAGACCUGUGGUGAGACCCAUGGGCCUAAUGUGUCUGAAUUAGACUUCUUUGCAACUAGAGAGAAGCCGGAUGCUUAUAGAAAACACUUUAGAUUAUGGGUUGAUUGGUUAGAUACUUAAAACCAAGAUAAAUAAUGAUGAUUGGAAGGUGUGAUUGUUAUGGUUCAAAUUUUGAAUUAGUUUAUUACGUUGGGGAUGAGGGAGGAAAAUGUUGCAUCUUUCAUUGUUUGAGGAGUUGGUGAAAUUUCAUUUUGUCAUUUUUCAUCUUUUUUGUAUAUCUAUCUUGUAUUUUAAUAAAGUAAUGGUGGAAUUUCAGUUUCCAUUGUUGUUA